ACCCGGAAUGCAGCUGCUGCCUUCAGAAGUUCAGAUAAGAAGGCUCUGGUUCUGCAUACAGCUGACCUCCUCUUCGUUCAACCAAGACCACGACGAGCAGAGGUAAGAACGCAUCACCGAAACCGCCCCAUCCUCUUCGUGCAUCUACCACACCAUCGAAUCGGCCGAUUCUUGCGCGCAGCCGAAUUAGCAAUGCCAGCGCCUCCUUCCCCGAUGGCCCUUCAGCUGGGCAAGUGCUACUGCUGCUCGCCGUCGCCGUCGCCGAAGCAGCAGGCCGGACGGACGGAGCAGGCCGCAGCCUAUCCUGCAGGCGGAGCGCGGCUGCUGAGCAGGAGAGCGCACGCGCUCUCCCUCCUCGCGGGCGCCGCGGUCGCGCCGGCGCGCCGCGCGAGGGCGGGGGAGGAGAAGGAGAAGGACGGCGGCGGCGGAGGGGUUGUCGGCGCCAUCACGUCCUUGUUCGACCCGAACGAGGAGACCAAGGGGGGGAAGGUGCUCCCCAAGGCGUACCUGAAGGCGGCGAGGGAGGUGGUGAGGACGCUGCGGGAGUCGCUGGAGGGCGAGGACGCCGGCGGCGACGUGGCCAAGUUCCGGAGGGGCGCCGACUCCGCCAAGGCGUCCAUCAGGGAGUUCAUCGGUGGGUGGAGAGGCCAGCAGGCCGUCGCCAAGGAGGAGUCCUACGUCGCGUUGGAGAGUGCCAUCAAAUCGUUGGCGGAGUUCUACUCCAAGGCAGGACCCUUCGCCUCGCUUCCGGGAGACGUGAGAAACAAGAUCCUGGACGAUCUCAACACCGCCGACGCCUACCUCUAGAUCUCUACGUUAUGCUUUCAAGCAUUGUACUACCUCUGAACGCCGAGAAGAACAAAAAUUGCAUCCCAGUUCUCUUGCCUACUACCAAACAUUCGAUGCAGUACCAUCGCAGUAUUGUUUUAAGAUGACGAAAGAGAAUACUCCCCCGACCCAGCCUAGAUUCACAGACCAAGUAUGCCUAGAUGCAAAGACCAAUGUGUCGCUGAAGUAUGGCACCAAGAUGUCGUUCACCGGUUUUUCCGGUCGUAGCUCUCGUUUAUUGUUCAAGGAAAAACAGAGAUAUCGGGAAUGAUUGCUCCUUAUCACAA